AUGGCGGACGCGCAACCAGCUUCCUCGGCCGCCCAAGACUCCUCCGCGGCCGCCCAGACCGAGUCUGCCGCCGCCGUGCGCCGCCUGCGCGCCGCGGCGGAGCUCAUCGCCACGGGCAACACGCCCGAGUGCCCCGUCUGCCUCGAGCAGCCGUCGGCGAUGGACGCGCGGAUACUGCGCUGCUGCGCGGCGGUGAUGUGCCGCGAGUGCGUGCCGCUCUGCAACGGCAUCUGCCCGUUUUGCCGGCGCGAGUUUGCCGGCAUCGGCGAGUCCUGUUCGCACGACGACGCAGAGCGCACCGCGCGUCAGCUCGAGGCGCGCCGCUUCCGAGCCCCUUCCGAGACCUCCCCAGAUCUAUCGCGCACCGCGGGCGAGUCGCCCUACACGUACUCCACGCGCGAGUACAGCGCGUCAAACGACUACACCUCCACCCUCGACUACUCUGCGCACUCAGCCUUCACGGCGUCAAACGACUACUCCUCCACCCGCGACUACACCUGCACCGCGGACUACUCGUCGACGGCGGCGGCGCCCUAG